GUUAGAGGAUGCAGCGGCUGCAGUAUGCAGAUUGUUCGUCUUUGUCGUCUCGGCUCACGGUCCGUCCGCCGCCUGCUAGUGUUCUUUUCCGUUCUUUCCUUUCUAUGUCCCGUUACCCACCGUCAUCACCCACACCAACUGCAGGUCCGACCAACUCUCCGCGUCUGCACCCUGACGUGCAUGUUGGAGUAUAAUGACGCAAGUUCGGUCGGAAAAUCCUACUCCUCGUCACGUGACGGUAUUUUCCCGGACUAUAUAAACAAAGGACACGUCCCCUCGGACACACCUGAAACGUUAACCCUACCUUUUACAGCCGCACAUACUUUUUGGGAGUUUCGUGCGUAAAGAUUCGGUUGCCGUCGUAGUCAUACAUUCCUUAACGAUGUCUUUUAACCUUGCUUCUUCCCUGCCUGCCUGGAAGGCCCUUAAGGCCCACCACGAGAGCGUUGGCUCCAAGCUUAUUUUGAAGGACUUGUUCGCUCAAGACCCCAAGCGUUUUGAGAAGUUCUCCCUUAAGUUUGAGGGUUUGGCUGCCGAGGAGGGUCCUAUCCUUUUCGAUUUCUCCAAGAACUUGGUCACUGAGGAGACCAUCAAGUUGCUCGUUGACCUCGCCAAGGAGGCCAACGUUGAGAAGCUCCGUGAUGCUCUUUUUGCCGGUGAGCACAUCAACUUCACUGAGGACCGUGCUGUCUAUCACCCUGCCCUCCGUAACUUGUCUGACAAGCCCAUGAGUGUCAACGGUGUUGAUGUCAUGCCCGGUGUUCGCAGCGUCCUCGCUCACAUGAAGGAGUUCUCCGAGGCCGUUCGCAGCGGUGCCUGGACCGGUUACACUGGCAAGGCUAUCAAGUCCAUUGUCAACGUCGGUAUUGGUGGUUCCGACUUGGGUCCCGUUAUGGUCACUGAGGCCUUGAAGCCUUACGCCAAGCGCGACUUGGAGAUGCACUUCGUCUCCAACAUUGACGGUACUCACAUGGCUGAGGCUCUUCGCAAGUGCGACCCCGAGACCACUCUUUUCCUCAUCGCCUCCAAGACCUUCACCACUGCUGAGACCUGCACCAACGCCAACUCUGCUAAGUCUUGGUUCCUUGAGAAGGCCGGCAACCCCGAGUACAUUGCCAAGCACUUUGUUGCUCUUUCUACCAACGAGACUGAGGUUGUCAAGUUCGGCAUUGACGCUAAGAACAUGUUUGGCUUCAGCGACUGGGUCGGUGGCCGUUACUCUGUCUGGAGUGCCAUCGGUUUGAGCGUUGCCUUGUACAUUGGUUACGAGAACUUUGAGGCUUUCCUCUCUGGUGCUCACGCCAUGGACAAGUACUUCUGCGAGACUCCCUUGGAGAAGAACAUUCCCGCUUUGGCCGGUCUGUUGAGUGUUUGGUACUCUGACUUCUUCGGUGCUCAAACCCAACUUGUCGCUCCUUACGACCAAUACCUCCACCGUUUCCCUGCUUACUUGCAACAAUUGAGCAUGGAGUCCAACGGUAAGGCCAUCACCCGCACUGGUGACAUGGUUGACUACACCACUGGUAAGAUUCUCUGGGGUGAGCCCGGUACCAACUCUCAACACUCUUUCUUCCAACUUCUUCACCAAGGUACCAAGCUUAUUCCCGCCGAUUUCUUGAUUCCUUUGGAGUCCCACAACCCCAUUGAUGGUAACAAGCAUCAUCGCAUGCUUUUCUCCAACUUCGUUGCUCAAACUGAGGCUUUGAUGUUGGGUAAGACCCCUGCCGAGGUUAAGGCUGAGGGUGCUGCCGAUGACCUUGUUCCUCACAAGACCUUCGUUGGUAACCGCCCCACCACCUCCAUUGUUGCCAAGAAGAUCUCUCCUGCCACCUUGGGUGCUUUGAUUGCCUACUACGAAUGGGUUACCUUCACUGAGGGUGCUAUCUGGAACAUCAACUCCUUCGACCAAUUCGGUGUCGAACUUGGCAAGCAAUUGGCCAAGAACGUCUUGAAGCAACUCGAGACUGAGGGCCCCGUUGACAACCACGAUGCCAGCACUAACGCUUUGGUCAACUUGUUCAAGUCUGGCUUCUAAGCUGCCUAAGGCCAUUGGCUUUUAUGAAACGUCAUGUUUGUUUUGCUCGUUAAUUUGGGCAAGAAAUGUAUGCAAGCGUGAGCAUUUAGACCCUUGUUUAAUUUUGUUCACACUCCUAGCUGAUAUGCAGCCAAUAGACACAAACGCAUUAACUGCACGUUGAGGAUGGUUCAUUUG